AACUGAAUAUAUCGCUUCAAGGACAAAAUUGUUGCAAUUAGGGGCGAGAGGGGAAGCUUAUUUUGUGAGAAUUUUGUAUUUGUCUGAAUGAGAUGGCUUCAUCGUUGGUGGCAGCGGCUGAAGACUGAAGAUGGUAGCCUCCCCAAAUUGUAGGUGUGGUAACGUGUGGAUGUGAUCGGUUCCUAAUUGUAGGCUCAGUGCUCUCCGGGCCAUCCCCACAAAGUUAAAAUCACGGUGCUUUGAUAUAUAUACCAGCAGACACGGUGUGCUUCAGAAGAGCAGCUGACUUUUGAUUAGAAUCUGAAAAUAAGUUGUGAGAUGAGGAUGAAGCCGUGGUUGUUGCUGAUGCUGCUCAUAUGGCCAUGGAUCGAAGAAGGAAUUAGUAAAACACCAGCAUUCUCGCUUGCAGAGUCGAACUGCAGUUACCAAUGUGGGAAAGUAAUGAUUCCUUACCCAUUUGGAAUUGGAAAUGCUGAAUGUGCUAAGGACAAGAAUUUCCUUCUCAAGUGCAACAAUGGUCAGCCAUUUUUGCUUCAAAACAUUCCUGUUCUUGGUAUAUCACUGGCACAAGGCACAGUUACUGUUAGCCUUCAAAGUGCAUCUGAACGCAAUAAGAAGCAUACUCUGACUGAUAAAAUAUUCUAUGGUGGAUUCAACCUGGAAGGCAGCCCAUUUAUGUUGUCCAACUCAAACAAGUUCAUAGUUCUCGGUUGCAAUGUAACGGCUUUUAUCACUGAAGGCAAGGAGUUGCGUAGCGGGUGUAUCACUUUCUGCAAUGAAGAUGGGAAUCCAGAUGAACUUGGCUCCUGCUCUGGCAUUGGAUGCUGCAAGACCUCAAUUCCAAAUCAUCUCAAGAGCUUGAACGUCUCACUCUUUAACCUAACUUUUUCGGAUACCAGUAGCUUUGGCCUGCACAUGUUCUUGGCUGCAAGAGGGACAUUCAAUUUUUCAGAAACAAAUCUGUCUGAGCACCUCAACCGGACUAUAAAUUCGCAGGUAGACCUUGAUUGGGUGGUGGGAGAAAAGACUUGCAAGGAAGCUCAAGCCAACUGCGGCAAGAACACUGUUUGCUCAGACUCUACCAAUGGCCCUGGAUAUCGCUGCUUCUGCAAACCGGGAUUCUCGGGAAAUCCCUAUCGUCCUAAUGGUUGCGAAGACAUUGAUGAGUGCAGCGAACCAAAUAUAUACCAGUGUGAAGGUAUUUGCCGGAAUACAGUUGGGAACUACAGUUGCCGCUGCCCAUUUGGAAUGCAUGGUGAAGGGAAAGUGGCUUGCAGAGGACACCAUACUGCUACUGUAUUCUUAGGCAUAGGCUUAAGCCUUGGAUUCUUAUUGGCACUUUCCGGGCUUUUUCGAUUGUAUUUACUGGUUCAUGAACAGAACAGCAUCAAACUGAAAAGGAAAUUUUUCAAGAGAAAUGGUGGCUUAUUGCUGGAGCAACAGAUCUCUUCAGACAAAGGGAAACUCGAAAAAAUAAAAAAUUUCACUUCGGAGGAGUUGGAGAAGGCCACAGAUCACUACAAUGACAACCGAAUCCUUGGGCAAGGAGGCCAAGGUAUUGUUUACAAAGCAAUGUUACCGGAUGGAAACCUUGUAGCUGUGAAGAAGUCCGAAAUGAUGGAUGAAGGUCAAAUUGAACACUUCGUCAACGAGGUCGUAAUACUUUCGCAGAUCAACCACAGACAUGUUGUGAAACUGUUAGGUUGCUGUUUAGAAACUGAGGUUCCUCUACUAGUAUAUGAGUAUGUCUCCAAUGGAACCCUUUCCGACCACAUCCAUGCUCAGCUGGAGGAGGCUCCAAUGAAAUGGGCAGAUCGGUUCAGAAUUGCUAAGGAAGUUGCAGGAGCAAUAGCCUAUAUGCAUUCAGCAGCUGCUGUACCAAUCUAUCAUAGAGACGUCAAGUCCAGUAAUAUACUCUUAGACGAGAAAUAUAGGGCAAAAUUGUCUGAUUUUGGGAUUUCAAGGUCUGUCCCAACCGGAAAAACUCACUUGACCACAUCGGUACAAGGCACGUUUGGGUACUUGGAUCCUGAGUACUUCCAGUCAUACCAGUGUACAGCAAAGAGCGAUGUUUACAGCUUUGGAGUAGUUCUUGUUGAGCUCUUGACAGGACGAAGGCCAAUAUCCAUGGUUAGAUCAGAGGAUGAUAUGGGCUUAGCUGCACACUUCAUAUCAUCAGCAAAGGAGAAUCAUCUCUUGGAUGUAUUGGAUCCACAAGUUGUGUUGGAGGGAGAAAAGGAGGAGCUAUUAAUUGUUUCUAACCUUGCACUGAGAUGCUUGAAGUUGAAUGGAAGGAAAAGGCCAACAAUGAAAGAAGUUGCUUUGAAGCUUGAAAAUCUGAAAAACCGACGAAAGCGCCUGCUUGCUGAUCAACAAGAACAUCAAGAUGGAGAUUACUCCAUAAUUGAACCAUCAAGAAGGUUGGACGUUAGUGCAGUUCCAAUGAAGGCUAGGAGGUUGGAGAGAAGUGAUGAAUUGGAGCUAGACAUCCAGGAGCUAAUGAUUAAGUCAACAUUUUUGACAUGCUGAAAGAUGAAAUUAACUUUGGUUUGUAUCUCCAUUGGGAGCGGCUAUGCCUACAUUCUUAGUGCGUAUAUACCACCAAUGGAACUGUAAUCCUUUUCAUUCGUAACGUAUAGGAACAACAUGGCCAAAAUAGGAUUCGGGUUUUAAUAAAUUUGGCUUAAUAA